AUGGCUCCUAUAGACUUGGACAAAUACGUCCGGCCGGGCAAAGAUCACUUUUUGGCCCUCGGCCUUGAAGGUUCUGCAAACAAACUCGGUGUUGGCGUCAUCAAGCAUCCGUUGGGUGAACUCACACCUGAAAAUAGGGCUCUGAUUCUAUCUAAUGUCAGAGAUACAUACAUCACUCCACCGGGAGAGGGCUUUCUUCCCAGAGAUACAGCUAGACAUCACCGCAAUUGGGUGGUGAGAAUAAUUAAAAGAGCACUUGCCGAUGCUGGCGUGGCAGGUGCAGACUUGGAUUGCAUCUGUUUCACCCAGGGGCCAGGCAUGGGCGCUCCAUUGCAGAGUGUAGUCAUAGCUGCAAGAACUUUGGCUCAACUAUGGGAAUUGCCUUUGGUGGGUGUGAAUCACUGCGUUGGCCAUAUUGAAAUGGGCAGAGAGAUAACUGGGGCCGAGAAUCCCAUCGUGUUAUAUGUCAGUGGAGGAAAUACCCAGGUCAUUGCCUACUCGAACCAGAGAUACAGAAUCUUUGGUGAGACGCUCGAUAUCGCAAUUGGAAAUUGUCUCGAUAGGUUUGCGCGUACACUUAAAAUCCCAAAUGAGCCAGCUCCUGGGUACAACAUCGAACAAAUGGCGAAAAGAGGUAAGCACCUUGUUCAACUCCCGUACACAGUCAAAGGAAUGGACUUGUCGAUGUCAGGUAUUCUUGGCUACAUUGAUGGUGUUGCUAAAGAGAUGUUUGGACCACAACAGAAGAAGCUCGUAGACAAGGAAACCGGAGAGGAAAUCACCCCUGAGGAUUUGUGCUUUUCCUUGCAGGAAACGCUCUUCUCGAUGCUUGUGGAAAUUACCGAAAGAGCAAUGGCACAUGUCGAGAGUAACCAGGUCCUUAUUGUUGGAGGUGUAGGCUCCAACGAGCGACUUCAAGAAAUGAUGGCUCUUAUGGUCAAGGAUCGUAAGAACGGUUCUGUUUAUUCGACCGACGAGAGAUUUUGCAUAGACAACGGUAUAAUGAUUGCACACGCCGGGCUACUAGCUUACCGCUCUGGCCAGACAAAUGCGUUGGAAGAUACGGUGUGCACUCAGAGAUUCAGAACCGACGAGGUUUUUGUAGAGUGGAGAGAUUAA